CAUUCUUGAUUAUUGAUCGGUUCUUUCGUGUGAAAGGGUCGAAAAAAUCAAUAACUUGAGGCGUCGCCAUCUUUUUCGCGUCUGCGCAUGACCAUGUUUUUAAACUAGCGGUCAGAAAAGUACGCGAUUUCAAAUGCACGUUUCAAGAUCGUGUAAUUCGACAUCACAAUAUUGCUCAAUAACACAGGGUUUGAAGAAUUUUUGCAUUUUACGGUUAUUUCUUUUUACCGUCAAUUAAAAUGAAUUUACAAAAUAUGAAGAUUCGGCCGAUUUUGAAAGUGAUACGUUUCUAUUCCACGGAAACAGCAUCUCCGUGUCCCGAUGUAAAAACUAUGAUAAGAGUUAAUCUCGCCGGCGAAACUGGAGCUGAUAAAAUUUAUGCUGGACAGUUGUCUGUGUUAGGAAAUUCAGCUUGUGGACCAAAGAUCAAGGAAAUGUGGGAGCAAGAGAAAUUUCAUAAGGCGAAAUUUGAAGAAUUGGUCAGCAAAUAUAGAGUACGACCUUCGGCUUUGACGCCACUGUGGAAUGUUGCAGGUUUCUGUCUCGGAGCAGGGACUGCUUUAUUGGGACCAAAAGCAGCUAUGGCGUGCACGGUGGCUGUUGAAUCGGUAAUUGUUGAGCAUUAUAAUGAACAGCUAAGAGAAUUAAUGGCAGAUAGUAAUGCAGAUAAAGAAUUACUCGAAACAAUAAAAAAAUUUAGAGAUGAUGAGCAAGAACAUCACGACACUGGUAUCCAGUACGGUGCUGAAGAAGCGAUUUUCUAUGAUGCUUUAUCAAAUAUCAUUAAAUUAGGUUCUAAAUGUGCCAUUUCAAUAGCCAAAGUAGUUUAAUUUUCAUUUUAUAGUCCUCUUGCGUAAUACUGUUAAUGAAGUAUUGUUUUAAGGUUUUGUUAUGUUGAAUUUUGAAUUUUUUAAAAAUGUUAUUAUAUUAUUCAUUGUUUAUUUAAAAAAAAUAAAACAAGAAUAAACAUUCUUUCUUGUA